GCCGCCGCUGCUGCCGCACCUGCCACCAUGUCGCCGCCGCCGGGUCAUGUCUGACUCUCUCUGGACUGCGCUUUCCAAUUUCUCGAUGCCCUCCUUCCCUGGCAGCAGUAUGUUCCGCCGCACCAAGAGCUGCCGCACCAGUAACCGGAAAAGCCUCAUCCUGACCAGCACUUCGCCCACGCUGCCGCGACCCCACUCCCCACUGCCUGGACACCUGGGUAGCAGUCCCCUGGAUAGCCCCCGCAACUUCUCUCCCAACACCCCCGCCCACUUCUCCUUUGCCUCUUCCCGAAGGGCGGACGGACGCCGUUGGUCUCUGGCUUCGCUCCCUUCAUCUGGCUAUGGCACCAACACACCCAGCUCCACUGUCUCGUCUUCCUGCUCCUCCCAGGAGCGCCUGCACCAGCUGCCCUACCAGCCCACCGUGGACGAGCUCCACUUCCUGUCCAAACACUUUGGCAGCACUGAGAGCAUCACAGACGAGGAUGGAGGCCGCCGCUCCCCGGCAGUGCGGCCCCGCUCGCGGAGCCUCAGCCCCGGGCGAUCCCCCUCCUCCUAUGACAACGAAAUCGUGAUGAUGAACCAUGUCUACAAGGAGAGGUUCCCAAAGGCCACCGCGCAGAUGGAGGAGAAGCUGCGCGACUUCACCCGCGCCUACGAACCUGACAGCGUGCUGCCGUUGGCCGACGGGGUGCUCAGCUUCAUUCACCACCAGAUCAUCGAGCUGGCCCGGGACUGCCUGACCAAGUCCCGCGACGGCCUCAUAACCACGGUCUACUUCUACGAAUUGCAGGAGAACCUAGAGAAGCUGCUGCAGGAUGCCUAUGAACGUUCUGAGAGCUUAGAGGUGGCCUUCGUCACCCAGCUGGUGAAGAAACUGCUCAUUAUCAUCUCUCGCCCUGCAAGGCUGCUGGAGUGCCUGGAAUUCAACCCCGAGGAGUUCUACCACUUGCUAGAGGCAGCCGAGGGCCAUGCCAAGGAGGGCCAUCUUGUCAAGACAGACAUCCCUCGUUACAUCAUCCGCCAGCUGGGCCUCACCCGGGACCCUUUUCCAGACGUGGUGCACCUGGAGGAACAGGACAGUGGUGGCUCCAACACGCCGGAACAGGAUGACCUGUCUGAGGGCCGCAGCAGUACCACGAAGGCUAAGAAACCACCUGGAGAGAAUGACUUUGAUACCAUCAAGCUCAUAAGCAAUGGUGCUUACGGCGCCGUCUACCUGGUACGGCACCGGGACACAAGGCAGCGCUUCGCAAUGAAAAAGAUCAAUAAGCAGAACCUGAUCCUGCGCAACCAGAUCCAGCAGGCCUUUGUGGAGCGCGACAUCCUCACCUUCGCUGAGAACCCCUUUGUGGUCAGCAUGUUCUGCUCCUUUGAGACCCGGCGCCACCUCUGCAUGGUCAUGGAGUACGUGGAAGGUGGGGACUGUGCCACCCUGCUGAAGAACAUCGGGGCGCUGCCUGUGGAGAUGGCCCGCAUGUACUUUGCCGAGACGGUGCUGGCGCUCGAGUACUUGCACAACUAUGGCAUUGUGCACCGUGACCUCAAGCCUGACAACCUCCUCAUCACUUCCAUGGGCCACAUCAAGCUCACAGAUUUUGGCCUUUCCAAAAUGGGACUCAUGAGCCUCACCACUAACCUGUAUGAAGGCCACAUUGAGAAGGAUGCCCGGGAAUUCUUGGACAAACAGGUGUGUGGGACCCCAGAGUACAUCGCACCCGAGGUCAUCCUGCGCCAGGGCUACGGCAAGCCGGUGGACUGGUGGGCCAUGGGCAUCAUUCUCUACGAGUUCCUGGUGGGCUGCGUGCCCUUCUUUGGAGACACGCCCGAAGAACUAUUUGGACAGGUCAUCAGUGAUGACAUCCUGUGGCCGGAAGGAGAUGAGGCCCUGCCCACAGAUGCCCAGCUCCUGAUAUCCAGCCUCCUGCAGACCAACCCUCUGGUCCGGCUUGGGGCAGGAGGUGCCUUUGAGGUAAAGCAGCACAGUUUCUUCCGAGACCUGGACUGGACAGGGCUGCUGAGGCAGAAAGCAGAGUUCAUCCCCCACCUGGAGUCCGAGGAUGACACCAGCUACUUCGACACCCGCUCAGAUAGGUAUCACCACGUGAACUCUUAUGAUGAGGAUGACACGACGGAGGAGGAGCCUGUGGAGAUCCGCCAGUUUUCCUCCUGCUCCCCGCGCUUCAGCAAAGUUUAUAGCAGUAUGGAGCAGCUGUCGCAGCAUGAGCCCAAGACCCCCGUGGCGGCAGCAGCGGGGGGCAGCAAGCGGGAGCUGAGCGCCAAGGGUCUAGAGGAGAAGGUGGCCGGCAAGCGGGAGGGCCUGGGUAGCCUGACCCUGCGUGAGAAGAGCUGGAGAGGGGGCUCCCCAGAGAUCAGCAAGCGCUUCUCAGCCUCAGAGGCCAGCUUCCUGGAGGGGGAGGCCAGUCCUCCGUUGGGCGCACGUCGCCGUUUCUCGGCGCUUCUGGAGCCCAGCCGCUUCAGCGCCCCUCAAGAGGAUGAGGAUGAGGCCCGGCUUCGCAGGCCUCCGCGGCCCAGCUCGGAUCCCCCAGGCUCGCUGGAUGCGCGGGUUCCCAAAGAGGCAGCUCAAGAAGAUGUCACCGCCAGUGCCUGCGACCCUGAAGCCACUGACCAACCACGCCCAGGCGACCUGUGCCCACCUUCGAAGGAUGGGGACCCAUCAGGCCCAAGGGCCACUAAUGACCUGGUUCUGCGCCGGGCGCGGCAUCAGCAGCUGUCAGGGGACCCCGCGGUAGAGAAGCGGCCUUCUCGAACCGGAGGCAAAGUUAUCAAGUCAGCCUCUGCCACUGCCUUGUCUGUCAUGAUUCCUGCAGUGGACCCCCAUGGAAGCUCACCCCUGGCCAGCCCCAUGUCCCCACGAUCUCUCUCCUCCAACCCAUCCUCGAGGGACUCCUCACCCAGCCGGGACUACUCACCCGCUGUCAGUGGGCUCCGCUCCCCUAUUACCAUCCAACGCUCUGGCAAGAAGUAUGGCUUCACACUGCGAGCCAUUCGCGUCUACAUGGGUGACUCAGAUGUUUACAGUGUCCACCACAUUGUCUGGCACGUGGAGGAGGGGGGCCCAGCCCAGGAGGCAGGGCUCUGUGCCGGAGACCUCAUCACCCACGUGAACGGGGAGCCUGUGCAUGGUAUGGUACAUCCUGAGGUCGUAGAGCUGAUCCUCAAGAGUGGCAACAAGGUGGCAGUGACCACAACACCCUUUGAAAAUACCUCCAUUCGCAUUGGCCCUGCAAGGCGCAGCAGCUACAAGGCCAAAAUGGCUCGGAGGAACAGGAGACCCUCAGCUAAAGAGGGCCAGGAGAGCAAGAAGCGCAGUUCCCUCUUCCGCAAGAUCACGAAGCAGUCGAAUUUGCUGCACACUAGCCGCUCCUUGUCCUCGCUGAACCGCUCGCUGUCGUCCAGCGACAGCCUCCCAGGCUCGCCCACCCACGGGCUGCCAGCACGCUCACCCACUCACAGCUACCGCUCCACACCCGACUCCGCCUACCUAGGUGAGCUCUCUGCCUGUGCUGAGCCAAGCACUGGGUGGCAGGGGACUGGUCCCCUGGCGGUUCCUGCCGUGUGCAACACCCCCUCUGCCCCACCCACAGGUGCCUCAUCCCAAAGCAGCUCGCCAGCCUCGAGCACGCCUAACUCACCCGCGUCGUCGGCAUCGCACCACAUCCGGCCCAGCACGCUGCACGGCCUGUCACCGAAGCUGCACCGCCAGUACCGCUCUGCCCGAUGCAAGUCGGCCGGCAACAUCCCGCUGUCGCCGCUGGCGCACACACCAUCCCCCACGCAGGCAUCGCCGCCACCUCUGCCUGGCCACACGGUGGGCAGCUCGCACACAACGCAGAGCUUCCCGGCCAAGCUGCACUCUUCGCCACCGGUGGUGCGCCCGCGCCCCAAGAGUGCGGAGCCCCCGCGCUCGCCGCUCCUCAAACGCGUGCAGUCCGCAGAGAAGCUGGGAGCCUCGCUUGGGGCGGACAAGAAGGGCGCGCUGCGCAAACACAGUCUCGAGGUGGGCCAUCCUGAUUUCCGUAAGGACUUCCAUGGUGAGCUGGCGUUGCAUAGCUUGGCAGAGUCUGAUGGUGAGACGCCCCCUGUGGAGGGGCCUGGUGUGACCCGACAGGUCGCAGUCCGCCGCCUGGGCCGCCAGGAAUCGCCCCUCAGCCUGGGUGUGGACCCGCUGCUUCCUGAGGGCACCCUUCCUAAUAAAGAGGAAUCCCUUGGAGGUGCGGAAGGCUGCACCCAGGCCCGUACAACGACUCCAGGGGGCCGGAACCUGGAACGGGACGCCAGCGGCACUCGGCACCAGAGCGUGCAGACCGAGGAUGGCAUGGGCGGGGCUGCCAGGACCGUCGCCAAGGCCACACUGAGCCCGGUACAAGAACAUGAAACUGGCCGGCGCAGCAGCUCAGGUGAGGUGGGCACGCCCCCAGUGCCCAUUGUAGUAGAGCCUGAGCGGCCUGGGGCCAAGGCGCCGGUGCUUCAGCCUUCAGUCUCGGACUCUAAAGGGCUGCAGGGACCCACAUCCCUAGCACCUCCCCCACCAGAGGCCCCCCGAGACCCGGAUCGCUGGGUGCUGGAGGUGGUCCAGGAGCAGACCACGCUGAGCGGGCCUCGCUCCAAGCCCACCUCCCCCAAGCUCUGCCCGGACCCCCAGACCUCUUCUCUAGCCCCUAUGAAGAGUGCACCAAGCAGCACAGGGCCCCCUGCCUCAUCUGUUCCCCUUCUUGUCCCAGCUACCAAACCCGAGGUGGGGCUGACUCCUAGGUACACUGCUGAAGCUGUGCCCCCAGCAGACGUGACCAAAAGGGCGUCCUGCCCCACACCACCUGGCCCGUAGCUGAGGGGGCCACUGGCCCUGCACUGUACAGCCGACUAUACAUAUGUACACAUAUAAAUAAAGUGCGUCCAUGCUUCGUGA